GUCCAACUAACAACAAUUUAUGCAACAUCAAUUUUAACAAAAAAAAAAAAUAAUCAUCGAUAGAAGAUGGAGCUCACUUAAUUUGAUCAUCAUCCUUGUUCAAUAGCUUAAAUAAGGAGAUGAUGAUCAUCAAAAAGCAAAAAAUGCAAAGUGAUAAAGGUUACAACUCCAAAAUUUCCAAGGAAGAAGAAAGAAUUAAAGAAGAACUAGAGAUUGACAUUGAAAAAGAUUUAGAGGGUGAAAUCAAAGACGAGAUUCACCGCCUCGCCCUCCGCCUCCACCGCCUCCACCAACACCGGAGACACAAGCAACAACCACCACAACCACCACCACCACCGCAACAACAACAACAACGUAACAAGGGUAACAAAAGCAAUAGGGCAGUUUCUGAGGUGAACAUUAGUAUAAUAAAGAUGGAAGGAGGAGGGACAAAAGUGGAAAUAAAAGAGAUUAAGAAGAAGAAAAAGCCUAAUUAUGAUAAUAAUAAUAAUAAUAAUAAUAUUAUUAUUAGUAGUAAUGGAAGGAUUAACGUUGUUAAUAAGAAAAAAUGUUCAAAGAAUGGGAUUGUUGAUCAUAAGAGAUUUGAUUGGGCAAAUAGUCUUCGAUCUGGACCACUUAAAUCUGGUCACGGUAAAAAGAUACAGAUCAGGAAAGAAUAAGUUACUCAACUACUUCUAAGUCAUAAUAAUUAAUUAUUGUCUAAACAUUGAUUAAUUAUAUGUUUAUUUGUUUUAAUCUAUUCAGUAUAUUUGUUGUGUUGAUUAACGCUAGUGUUUAUCCAUGCGAUGUGUGCGUGGCAGUUUAUAUAAAUAUUGUAAUUUUAUAUUAUUAAGUAUUUUAAAUGAGUGCA